UCGACAACACCUCGACAACCGCCCAUUCACCAACAACCCGACAACAGAAAUGGCCACUUUCAGACCCCAGAUCUCGGUCUUCGGCACCGACGGUGCGCUCACCGACAAGACCGUCGCUCUUCCCGCCGUUUUUAAGGCUCCCAUCCGUUCAGAUAUCGUGCACGCCGUCUACACCGGUGUCGCGAAGAACAAGCGUCAGGCGUACGCUGUUUCCGAGAAGGCUGGUCACCAGACCUCUGCUGAGUCGUGGGGUACUGGACGUGCUGUUGCCCGUAUUCCCCGUGUCUCUGGCGGUGGUACUCACCGUGCCGGUCAGGCUGCUUUCGGUAACAUGUGCCGUGGUGGUCGUAUGUUUGCUCCUACCAAGACCUGGAGAAAGUGGCACGUCAAGAUCAACCAGAACGAGAAGCGAUUCGCUACUGCGUCUGCUAUUGCUGCGUCUGCUGUUGCUCCUCUCGUCCUCGCCCGUGGCCACAGAAUCGAGACUGUUCCCGAGGUUCCCCUGAUUGUGUCGAACGACGUUGAGGCUCUUACCAAGACCAAGGACGCUGUUGCCGUGUUGAAGGCUGUUGGUGCUCACCGUGACGUUAUCAAGGUCAUCAAGUCGCGCAAGCUCCGCGCCGGCAAGGGCAAGCUCCGUGGCCGCCGCUACACUCAGCGCCGUGGACCGUUGGUUGUGUACGGAACCGAGGGUGCGUCGCUCGUCAAGGCGUUCCGCAACAUCCCCGGUGUCGAGACUGCACAUGUCAACUCUCUCUCUGUUCUCCAGCUCGCUCCUGGUGGACACCUCGGCCGAUUUGUGAUCUGGACCGAGUCUGCGUUCUCGCUGCUCGACAGCAUCUGGGGCUCGGAGUCGACUCCCUCGGCCAAGUCGUCGUACGUUCUUCCGUCGAACAUUGUGUACAACGCCGACAUUACCCGUCUGAUCAACUCUGCUGAGAUCCAGGCUGUUGUGAAGCCUUCGGGAGAGAAGACCACUAAGCGUACUAAUGUGCAGAAGAAGAACCCGCUGAAGAACAAGCAGGUUCUUCUGCGGCUCAACCCGUAUGCUAAGACUUUUAAGCAGUAAAUCAAAAGUUGUGAUGAGAUUGAAUAAAUGAAUCAUUGUUUAAUACUAUAUUACUAUACUAUUAAGAUAGAAGAAGUAGAAGUAGAAGAAGAACCGAAGAUGUCAUAGCGCAGUCGCAGUGACGCAACAGGCGGCGGGGGCAGGUGGCAGGUGGCCGCAUUGGGCGAUGGCAGCCAGGCUCAGUUAUGCGAGAUUGGCGAUAGAGAUGUGAGGUGGGUAUUAUUGUUGAAUAUAGAAGAUAUACAAUGAGUAGAAUAUGUACAAUAACUAGAAUAUAAUACAAUAACAGAAUACAUACAACUACUGGUGACAAACG